AUUUAAACUUCCUUUAUGUUUUAUUUAAGUUAAAGUAGAUACCUAUACAAUUCAAACACAUUAAAAAGGUAUGUAUGAUGAGUUUCAACAAGAGUUUGGCGGUGGACAGCUACAGCAACAGCAACAUGGCGCAGGAGGACAAGGUGUGCAACAAGGGGCCGGACCGACCAUUGGCACGUAGUAAAGGAUCGAAGGGGCACAGGGCUGCGCUAGGGGGGCGAUAGGCACUGCAGGCGGCGGGGUACAAGGUACGCAGGCUACGCCUCUCAUCGACGGACAACAAUCUGCCAUUGUAUAUUUGUACUUGUUUUUUCACGGAGAAUUUUGAAGAUUUUAGCCGAGACUAGAAGAUUUUUUGUGGAGUUAUUUAUUUGGUGAAGUUUUUCUGUGAAGUUUAUUUCUGGUUACCUAGAACGACGUGCGAUU